AUGCGCAGAUGCAGUGCCUGCGUUCAGUGUUUAGAACAUUUGUUACGUAGAUGUUGGCAUUAUUUGGAACAGGAGAACAGUUUGGAUUGUUUUAGCAGCACGAGGAGGAGCGCGUGUUAAAUGGCGGGCUGUGCCUGGGCUGAGCGCGUUUUGCAACUCCUGCGGCGCAUGAACGGUUUCUGUUCUUCAGGCUCCAGUCGCAGUCAGUGCUUUCCUUUCGAGAUCGACGGGGUCCAAGUGGGCUGGGUUCCUCCUCACGUCGCCUCACAGCUGAAGUCUUAUCCAGAGGUUUUCAGUGUGUUCCCAGGGGGCGCUGUGUUCCUGUCUCCCAGUCUGGACUCUUACACCAGAAGGUCUGAGGCUGUGGACGCUGUGUUGCAGAACUUCAGGAAACAAGGCUCCUUCCACUGUCUCAAAGGAUGGAGGGAUGAGAAGUACAGUGUCAUGGCCCGAUUCUGUGACCCUCCUCUCAUGUGGAUGGAGAGAGCCGCGACAAGUCUGUUCGGGGUGACGCGGUAUGGAGUGCAUAUAAAUGCUUACACGGUCAGUGCCAGUGGAGAGGUCAGCAUGUGGCUGGCACGCCGCUCGCCCACCAAGCAGACGUACCCCGGGCUCUUGGACAAUAUGGCAGCAGGGGGUCUGGCCGCUGGUGUGGGCAUCCAGCACACAGCUGUCAAAGAGUGUGCGGAGGAGGCAUGUGUCCCUGCGGAGCUGGCUCAGAAGGCUCUCCCGGUGAGCACAGUCAGUUACACGUAUGAGGAUGAGGAGGGCGUGUUUGCGGAGAGCCAAUUUGUCUUCGAUUUGGAGCUGCCUCAGGAAUUUAGACCAGCCAUAGGAGAUGGAGAAGUGCAAGAAUUCUACCUGCUGCCCAUCAGAGAGGUCCAAGAUCUGCUGGCCACAGAUGACUUCAAACCCAACUCUGCCAUGGUGGUGCUGGACUUUCUCAUUCGACAUUCUUUCAUCCACCCAGAUACAGAACCGUUCUAUCAGGAGUUCGUGACUGGGCUACACCAACAGCUAUAGCAGCUUGGGAAGUGAUGACCACUGCUACAUUAAGCACUGUGUUUAAGGCAAAUGCACUACCAUUUUAGAUUUAAAUAUGUAAAAUAAUUGUUUUAAAAUUCACAGUAAAAACUAUGAUUUUGUACAGCAAUUAUUACAAUAACACUGUAAUAAUCUCUGUACAAAACAUGAACUCAGCAAUGGCUGGUGAAUUAGAAAUUGACAUAAAAUAAUAAACUAUUUUAUUCAGACUAUUUUACACUAC